AUGGCAUCGACAGACUCACACCGCCAGAACCUUAUGCCGUGGGAAUCGACACGUGCUAUCGUCGUCGCCACAAACCGUCAUCGCGCACCCGCGACCAUUGAGAUUCCCCCUCCCAUCACGCCUCACAGCCAACGCCAGCCCUCCUCAGCCCAUGACAACCCCCUCAUGCCCCUCCCUACAUCCCCCUCCAUCCCCGCCGUCUCCCACUCCGCUCAGCUGACAGACUCUGACUCUGAGUUUGACAACUCGAUAAACGCGUUCCUCGCCCGCACAGACAAGCUCACUCUACUCGUCAACUUGACGAAGGAGAUCGCGGCGCGCGACAAGCGUAUCGGCGAUAUACCGUCGGCUGAGACCGCCGUGCGGAUAUACGAUGCCAAUGACGACCUACGUGGAUUGAUAAAUGCUGCUUUGGAGACGGGGCGGUGGGCUGCCGUUCGAGACCGCCUUGCAGAGGUCCACCCACGCGCGGCCAGGCCCGUGUUACCCGCGACAGAAGAGAGCAAGUACGCAACGAUCGCGUCUUGGAGCUAUCCCUUCCGCGGACCUGCGCACAAGGCCCUCUGGGACCAUAUCGUUGAAUACGCAGGAAACGCGGGGUACUACGCGCCGUACUGCGCCGUGGUGCAGUCUUCGGGGACGGGAAAAUCGAGAUGUGUCGACGAGCUGGGUAAGGAGCGCUUAGUCGUACCUAUCAAUCUCAGUGAUCCGCGCGCGCGGGGGUACCCGCCGUCGGAUAGGAAUCUCCACGCGUACUUCACGCGAUCAGGAGUAGGACCGAGCCUCGAUAUCCGGAUGGACUGUUUCCUCUGUGCGCUGAUGGAGACGCUGGUCGAUACGCUCGAGUCUCUGUCUCUGUCUCUGUCCGGCGACGACGCGUCGGUCCCUGCGCUUUUUCGCGAACAUAUGAGUUCUGGUCAAGGAUUCGACGCGCACGGGCCCCAGCGCGUGGAGUUUUACGAUACGGUCGUGGAGAGAGCACAGGCUCUGGAGAACGGUCCCCGAGUACGGGAGAUCGUUCAGUCCGCGUCAAGUACGACAGCACGGAUGAAAUACGGGAAGGGCGCGCUUUCCACGCAUGAUAUGGUGCAGAGACUGGACGAGACGUGUCGGCGCCUGAAGAUGACCACGUCCGGCUCAGAACCGGUCGUAACACUCGCCAUCGACGAAGCGCACACGCUCAUGGCGCGCUCUGACUCCACAGACACGGACAGUGCCCUAACGCUAUCGGCGCCAUUCCAGUCCCUCUGUCGUGCGCUGCGCCCAAUUGGCGGUGACAAGGUGUUCGCGCUCUUUAUCUCGACGGAUCUCAAGAUCGCGGCGCUCACGGUGCCGCGGGUUAUGGAUAUGGGCGCGUUGUCGCGUCGCUUGGCUCAGGUUCCUACGUUCACGGCGUUUGGCUGGGAUCAGCUGGCCCGGCGGCUCGAGGUCGGACCUCUCGGGAUCCCUUUUGACGAGAUCGGCUUUGGGUAUCAGGUCAGGCUCGGUCGCCCGCUGUUCUCCACGCGCUACCACUACCUCGCGUCGCACGCCAGCACGCGCGACCGCGCGCAGGCAUCGACGCUCCAGUUCGCCGCGGAGAAGCUGCUCUGCGCGCCGUAUCCCCCAGCCGUCACCGGUGCGCUCGCGCGGGAGGAGGAGCUCGCGUGUCUGGCGCACCGAAUGCCGCUCGCGUUUCCGGGGGUGGUGCGUGCGGCGUCGGAGCAGAGGCAGGUGCUGAAGCAUAUGCGCGUCUGCGUUGAUGUCGGCGUGCACGACUUGAACCCGGGCUCGAACUCGGGCGAUCUCGUGUUGGACCUGGCCACGCUCAACGCUUCGGAGCCGCUGCUCUCGGCCGCGGCGAGCGAGAUCAUGCGCGAGCGGUCGUAUACGUUCUCCGCGCCGGACGUGCUGCUGCGGCUUUUGGCGAGUCGCGAGGUCGAUGUGGGCGCGUGCGGAGAGGGCGUGGUUGCGAUGCUGCUUAUGACGCUUGCGCGGGACGAGGUCGUUAAGAGGGGGCUGGAAUUGCAGGAUCAUCCUGGGUUCUUUCGUGUUGUUGACUUUAUGAAGUGUCUGUUCAAUGAUGCGGACGGUACGGGCGCGGGCUCGGGUGGGGGGUCGAUCUGGCGAGCGAAGCCGUCCGUGUUCAGCGAUCCGUCGACGAGGGACACGCCGUUCGAAGACGCGUUCGCGGGCGUGCACAUGCAUUUCAACCAUUUUAUCAAGCGGGGCGCACAGUUCACCAAACCCUCGCACGAGCCGAACACAGACACAGACUCCAAGGAUUCCGAUUCUGGAGACAAUGGCAGGCUCGGCCUAUCGCGCCUCUGCGGGUUCUUCGUCCGGAACGCGGCCGUCGCAUUUGCCAAUGCCAACUCACAGCGGCGCGGCACGGUCGACCUCGGCUUCGCGCUGUGCGACGGCCUGUUCGUGCAGCGCACCGCGAUGGGCGUGGUACUCGUACGCGUGCACGUCCAGACCGGCCCCGCGUACGGCGACACGGCCGAUCCGGAUCCGGAUCCGGAUCCGAGUCUGUUCGACGCGAUGGACCCGUUCGAGCUCGGUAUCUUCGGCCCCGAUUUGAGUGAGGCCCCGCGGGUUCCUGUGAUACGCAUCGUUAUGGUGCUUGGGAGCGAGAGUGCAGCGGGGGUGAGGAGCGUGGAGGGGAGGCGGGAGGGGAGGUUCACGGCGUAUGAUUUUUGGGCGGCGGGGGUCGGGGAGGAGGUGUAUGGGGUCGUAAGAGGGAGGGAGGAGGAGGUGUGGAGGGAUUUGGUGCGCGAGGCGAAGGAGGGGAGGUUGGGUGUGCAUGGACGGGGACGGGGAGGUGAGAGGGGGAGGGCGUUGCGGAUGGCUGUUACGCCUAUGGCUGGGGAUGAGGACGGGUUUUGGGAGUGGUUGGAGAGAACUGAUGAGCGUGGGGAUAUCGGCACACUCUGA